UAGUCUAUUAUCUAUGAUGAUAGUGCUUAUAACCUCGAAAUUGGCGAGUACUUUUCUACAUUUUAUCGUUAAUUUUUUUCACAUUUUUUCAUUACAAUGACUCUAAUAAUGAGUAAAGUAGUAAGGAACACAUAUAAAAACUUGAUUUACGGUCCAAUCAACUCUCAACAUUCGAAACGAAUUCAAAUUAGGAAAGCUUCCACAAUGAUAAAGACAAAAUUUGAAGGAAAAAUAAAACAAAUAACUAUGUGUGAUUUAAAAACAAGAAAUGCGUUAUCUAUCAACAUGAUGGAAACACUUAUUAAGGAAAUUACUGCUGACCAAGACUUCUCAAACUUACGGGCAAUUGUGAUAUCUGCAGAAGGCCCUGUCUUUUCGGCUGGUCAUAAUUUGAAAGAAUUGAAAUCAGAACUUGGGAAAGCACAAUAUGAAAAGGUAUUUUCACUUGCAACUAAACUAAUGCUAUCAAUUAUAAACAGUCCCGUCCCUAUUAUAGCUAAAGUGGAUGGAUUAGCUGCAGCUGCAGGUUGUCAACUAAUUGCUCAAUGUGAUAUUACAAUUUGUUCUGAAGAAAGUCAGUUCUCGACUCCUGGUGCAAAUUUUGGAAUUUUUUGCUCAACCCCUGGUAUUGCCUUAGCUCGCUGUGUUCCUAAGAUGGUAGCACUUCAUAUGCUAUUAACUGGAAAUCCUAUAAGCAGUAAAGAAGCUAAAGAAAGUGGUUUAGUGAGCAAAGUUGUUUCUAAAGAUAAGUUAGAUGAAGAAGUAGAUAAAAUAUGCAAUGCAAUCCUACUAAAAAGCAGAUCUGUUAUUGAACUUGGAAAGAAAUUCUACUAUAAACAAGUUCAAACUGAUAUAAAAAAUGCUUAUGCAAUGGGAGAAAGGCAAAUGGUUGAUAAUGUUGGCAUGAAAGAUGGACAAGAAGGCAUCCUAAGUUUUGCAGAGAAACGGAAACCUGUAUGGUCUUCAUGAUUAAAAGUUAUAUCACAAUGAAAUUCUCCAUAUCCUAUCAGUGGAAGGACGCUUACAAUAAAAGAAAACAACCAACAAAUUGUAACUAACGCCACAUAAAAUAUAAAAGGGAGUUCUUUCUCUGAAAGUAAAAAUACAUCUGGAGUCAUAAAUUUUGGAUUUUUUUUACUUCAAAGUUAGAUUUAGUAGGUUUACAAUUUCAAUUUAUUUCCCAAUCAAUUACUUCCAUGACCAUAAAUAAUUUUAUAUAAAUUCUACUGCAUAACAUAAAAUGUUUACUGUUUGGAUAUGAUUAAUAUUUACUGAAGAUAAAAUACAGUAGAUGCUCAAUGGUGUGGACCAAAAAACAACAUCUUUUCACAUCAUUGUUUGUUUCACGAUAGUGUAUAUUAUCUUAUUAUAUUAUCGUCAGUCUGAUUGAGAAAAUAACUUUUACCUAGAUAUUUUUAAAAUUACAAAUUGGAAAUUAUUCCACCCCAACAACCAUGUAGUAUGUAUACUUGUCUAAAGUGAAUAUCAAAUAUAUGGGGGAUUUACCGGAAUGACGCAACGUCAAAUAUACGUUUGUUUCUAUAACCGAAGGUUUAGUUUGUUAACGAGUUGCGGCAAUCUAGCAUAAUUCGUUCCCUUUCUGUUAUGCAGUGUUUAUACUGAGUGACUAUACUCUGUUUUUUUUUUAACUUCAAUAAUGUAUACGAUCCAAAUACGCGUAUAUUUACACAAAAGAAAUAAAAAUUAUUCAAGAUAUUAUUAUUUAUUUGUACAAAUCCUUAUUUUGUGAUUUAAACUUCAUUAAACUGAUUACAAACAUGGUCUUGAAAACACACAAGAAAAAUUACCACUUAUUUAUUAACCAAAAAAUAUUAAAAC